UGUGUCCAAGUUGUAAUACAUUAGCUGCUACAAAGGGAGCAAGAGUUGACUUUCCAAAUGUACACGCGCACAAACACACACAAGAACAAGGUAUCAAAAGAUGUUAUUUUUGUUUUGACUAAAGAGAGCCAAGGUAACAAGCAGUUUCAUCACCUUUUUCCUACCUGAAAUCCUUACGUUCUUCGAAAUAACAGAGCCCUCGAAAGAGAUGAAAACAUCACAUUUUUCUGCUUUGUUAUUAUUACAUCUACUUGCUCUUAGUGUCCCUUGCAAUACUGAUACCAACAUACAAACUAAUUUUCAAUGCUCAGAAGCCGAUGAUUCAGCUACAGAGAUGACAUUUCAGACCAAUCUCGGAAAUCUAUUGGCUACCCUUGUCUCCAACGGACCUGUUCAAAAAGGUUUCUACAAAACCAGAACCGGGAAAAAGUCCAAUAGGGUCUAUGGCCUCAUACAAUGCAGAGGAGAUAUUUCAGCCGAUCGUUGCUCUAAUUGUACAAAGAGCUCCAUGUCAGUAGCCUUAAAUGAGUGCCCGAAGAGCAAAGAGGUUUCUGUUUGGUUCAGAUGGUGUUUUCUGCACUAUGCAGAUCGUGAUUUUUUUGGAGUUAUGGAACAAGCUUCAAUUGUUCUCACCAACGACACUGAUUUUGAUGAUCCUUCUGUCGUUUCCAAAGGACUAGAGCUUGUGAGUGGACUAACUUCUAGUGUUCAAAUGGAGCCUCUGGGGUUCCAAACUGAAGUAUUGGGUGUUGGCUCAAGUGGGAAACGAUAUGGAAUGGUCCAAUGCAAUAGAGAUAUCAGUAGCAGUGAUUGUGGGAGGUGUCUGGAAUCUCAGCUUGCGGCUUUCAGAACAACCAUUGGAAAUAAACGUGACUGGGAAGUUUAUGGGUCCAGUUGUUUUAUGUGGUACCAUGAUUAUCAGUUUUACUUUAACUUCUCAAUCUCUGCAAGUAAAGGUGUUGUGAGGUCGUUUUCACAUAAAGGAUCUGCAAUUGGAUUGAUAGUCGCAGCAUUUCCGUUGGUUCUUUAGUCGUUGAAUGGCUAUUCUGAUGCCUCAGCUGGACAAUGAAAUUCACUUCCUAUUCUUGUACAAUAUUACUAGGAACUUUCAAUAUAGCAAUUUGUUGUGAAUUGACGUGCGGUUGGGCAUCCACUAGAGAGGUUCACUUGCUCGAAAACUUCUAUAGUUCUAUUUCCUUUGCUUGAGUUCAUUGUAUUCUUUUGCCUUGUUUGGCUUUCUUUCUCACUCAUUUUCUUUGGAAGUAAAAAUGUAUCUAUUGUAAAUAGUGCCACUAAUGUUUCAGAAAAGU